AUGCAUCAAUUGGUAGGGACGAGGUCAGCCACGACUAGUGAGUCGAGAUUAGGGGCAUUAAGCCUAGGUUAUAGCCAACCCAAAAGGCCUCAAAUUAGUAAGGUUGCAAGUGCAAUAGAUCCAAAAAUUGUAAGGCGUCGUGGAAAAUCAGAUAUUCCCCAUCUAAAUUACUCAGAUUUUGAUAUAACAACCGAACCCCAAUCGAGUCUUGACAACAUCAUUCGACAAGAAAGAGGCUCUGAUUCGGAAACAUCUGGAAAAUCCAAGGAGGUUGAGAUUGAAGCAGAGGUCGAGCAUUUGAAGAAGGAGUUAGAAAACACGGUUGUUAAGUAUAAACAAGCUUGUCAAGAGCUUUUCUCCACACAUAACAAGGUUCAAGUGUUGUUGUCAGAAUGUACGAAAGACGCUAGAAGAGUAAACAAUGCUGUGGAGAAAGAAGAGUUGCAGAGGAAAAUCGCGGCUCUGGAAAAAGAGAGGCAUAUGAAGGAAGUUAAAGAGGUAGAAGCUGCAAAAGAUUUGCUUGCGAGAGAAUUUUGUGAGCGACAAAUGGUAGAGACAAAUGCUUUAAAGACUUACUUGGAAAAGAAGAAAGUGACCUAUCAGCUUCUAGAAACAGAUCAACAGUACAGGAAAUAUACAAUCGGAGAGAUUGUUACAGCCACUGAUGGAUUCUCACCAGAAAAAGCGAUCGGAAAAGGAGGAUAUGGUAAACUUUACCGCACACCGGCGGCUGUCAAGGUUCUCCGACUAGAUACGUCAGAAAAGAAACAAGAGUUCUUGAAAAAGGUUGAGGUUCUUAGUCAACUCCGACACCCACAUGUGGUUCUUCUCCUAGGAGCUUGUCCAGAGAAUGGUUGUCUGGUUUACGAGUAUUUGGAAAACGGAAGCCUUCAAGAAUAUAUAUUUCACCAGAAAAAUAAACCGCCUUUGCCUUGGUUUAUCCGGUUUAGAGUAAUUUUCGAGGUAGCUUGCGGUUUAGCCUUCUUACACAGUUCUAAACCGGAACCAAUUAUUCACGGCGAUAUAAAACCGGAAAACAUCCUGUUAAACCGGAACCACGUGAGCAAAAUCGCAUAA